AAUUUUGAGGUUAGAAAGUAAAUCAGGUGGGAAGAUGAUUUUGAGAUUUUCCCAGAAUUCCUGUAAAAUCAUUAAAAAUGGGCUUUUUGCGAGGUGUCUCUCCAUGGGGAGGAUUUCACAGAAGAGUUCAGGAGUGAAGGAAGAGAGAGUCAAUGCUGGGAAUUCCCAAGAUUCCACAAUAUGGACAACAAUUUACAAACUUCCGGCAAUUCGACUUUUUUCAACGGCAAAUAAAAUUAAAAUCCAUCAGGGAAUCAUUACAACCAUCCUUUGCCCUAUAUCAUGGGUAGCAGAGAGUAGUAAAUACAUCCCGGAAGGAUCUUUCAUGGCAGUGGCGGGAAUAGGAGUUUCAGGAUUUGCAGCCCUGUGUAUCUUUAGUCUUCUGCUGAGGAAUGUGGUGGGAUUCGUAUACCUGGACAGCACGGGGGAGAGAAUAAAGUUAGCCUACGUGAGUUUCCUGGGCGCCCGACUAGAAGCUGAGCAUUUAGUCAAGGAUGUAAUCCCAGCGGAUGAGCUCCCACCAUCCAGGUACAAAUUAUACUACCCACUGACCCUUCGUACGUCCAAGGAGAAGUACGCAAUCUUCCACAAAGGAGGUUCAAUGGAGGAUAUUGAGAAGUUUGGGGCAAUUUUUGGCUACGAUCUGGUUUAGAUUUUAAGGAUUUUAGAAAGUUUAUUAAUAGAGACUAUAAAGUUCCUGGA